UCAGCCAUUUUUUUAAACAGGGCUAAAACGAUAAUAAUUAGCAGAAUAAAGACAUAUCGGAUUUUCAUUUCCUUUCCUCCGUUUCCCGACCCCUGUCCACAAGAGAUACUGCGAGGCAGCCCGUCGACACGUCGUUUCACCGCCACCGGAACCAAAAUAAGGGAUAGCUCUCCAAACGCUUGACAUUUGUGGUUUUACCCCCUUUUCCCAAUAUAAAGUUGGAGGAUUAUUGUAAUUUUCCCUGUUUUUCCACGUUUUGAUUGUCCACUUACGCAAGCCGCUGGAUGUGACUGUUUUAAAAACCCGAGAGCAAAGAGAGAAGCGGAGGUGACGGCUUUGGAGGGGGAAGAAAGUCCCUGUUAGGUUGGAUGAGAUGAGAUCCCUAUGUAGUGGUCGUCAUGGCAACUUGUGACUCUCCCCCUAUGGUGUCAUCACGGCAGCAGGAACAUGGUGGCCAGAGGCUGGACGCUGCUGCUGAGGACAACUCCGUCAUUGCCAUGGAGACCAGUGUCGCCAACAGCAACAACGCCGCCAACAACAACAACAACCAAUUGUCGCCUGCUGCCAUUGGAGAGCCAAAGAAUGGCCUUGGAGAGCCCGCUGUGAGCCCGCUGAGGUCCACUUCUACCCCCACCAAUGUCAGUGCAACCACCGGCCCUGUACCUGAACAGAGUCGGAGAGAAAGCUUUACUACUGGUAACACAGGGAGUGUUACCGGGACUUUACCAGGAGGAGGAGGAGCAGCUUUGGGUUCGGACUGUUCUGCCCCUGCCACAUCUCCUGUGGCACCGGCAAAGGAGAUCCCCUGCAACGAAUGUUCUAGUUCCUUUUCCAGUUUACAAAAAUACAUGGAGCACCACUGCCCCAACGCCCGUCUGCCUACCACUGUAGGUCAUGAGGAGGGUGAGGAGGUAGAAGGGAUGUUAGGGGAGGAGAGUGAAGAUGAAAGAGAUCGCGAGGUGGGUUCUGCCGAAGUGGGAGAAAUGAACAGCGAGAUGGAGAUGGAAGAGGAUAGUGAUGUGGAGAACCUGAGCGGCGAGAUCAUCUACCAGCCCGAUGGCUCUGCCUUCAUCAUGGAGGACGCCAAAGAGCAGUGUGGCAACCAGGGGGGGAUCUCUGGGCCUCUCCAAUUUAGGGGCCUGCUGUCCCCCCAGACCUUCCCCAAUGCCCAGGUCAGCAGUGGCCAGAGUGGCCUGAGCCCAAGGGGAGAGCGUUUGGAGCUGCCCGCUGCACCCAUGUCCUUCUACCCCCAGAUCAUCAACACCUUCCACAUCGCUUCAUCCCUGGGAAACAACCCCCUAGUGGCCGACCACCCCUCCUUCCCAAAUACCUCAGCUGGAGGGCUGGCGAGCACUGGUCCCGUGUUGCACAGUUUUCGUGUCUAUGACCUCCGCCACAAGAAUGACAAAGACUAUCUGAAGGCGGAUGGUGCAGCCAAAAACUCCUGUGUGUCCAAAGAUGUCCCUAACAAUGUGGACUUGUCCAAGUUUGAGGGUUGUGUGGCCGAUGGGCGGCGGAAGCCUGUGCUGAUGUGUUUUCUGUGCAAGCUGUCUUUUGGCUACAGCCGUUCCUUUGUGACACAUGCUGUCCAUGACCACCGUAUGACCCUGAAUGAUCAGGAGCAGAAGCUGCUGAGCAACAAGCACGUCUCUGCCAUCAUCCAGGGCAUCGGCAAGGACAAAGAACCUCUUAUAAGCUUUCUGGAACCAAAAAACCCCAACUCUGUGCUACCCCAAUUUCCCACACCUGCUAACUUCCUAGGGCCAGACACGGGGCUCCGCGGUUUGUGGAACGCUUUUCACAGUAGUGGGGAGAGUACCGAUUCCCUUCAGGCAGGUUUUGCCUUCCUGAAGGGCAGUGCCAGCAGCUCAUCUAAUGACCAAAUCCCUAGAACCAUGCCAAAGGCUGAGACCAACCCAAACCUCGGGGGCGGGGCUGGUGCUCACAGAACCCCCAGCGGGAGUUCUGCUGCUGCCACUGUUGGCAACCUGGUAGGUCAGAACUCUGAUAGUGACUGCAAGGGCCACGUUAGGGACACAUGCACUUUGCAACCCAAUGGGCCGGACCUGAGCCAGUACCCGCAUGUCAAGCGGGAGCCCAGUGCAGUUGGAGGAGACAGUCCAGAGCAGGAUGAUGAUGCUUACUCCAAUGGUGGUGGAGUAGAAAUGGAGGCAGAUGAGGAGGAGGAACAGACCAUGGCGAUGACAGGCCAGCGGACCGACAGCACCAGUAGCAAAGAUUUCCCUAUCUUAAACCAAAGUAUUUCCCCCCUUUCCAACAGUGUGCUAAAGUUAAACAGUGACAGCAAAGGCCCUGCAUCCACCUCCUUUUCCUCCCUGCCUGCAUAUGAGAAGCUGGAGAUGGAGAAGAGCUGCCUGUCCACUGCCCUGGCAGCAGCCAGAGAGCGGGAAAGCAGCAACGACUCAACCAAUGAAGCUCUGGCAGGACAGGAUGGGUCGUCGCCAUCCUCCCACCCCCUUGACAUGAUGAUGUUGCGCAGAGAUGAUGAGAGUCCUGGACCUCUGUAUCAACACACAGGAAAUCCCAGUACACCUGGAACUCCAGGGACACCUGGUACCCCUGGUCCAGGGGAAGGUUCCCCAGGUAGUGGGGUGGAGUGCCCCAAGUGUGACACAGUCUUGGGAUCUUCACGUUCUCUAGGAGGGCAUAUGACGAUGAUGCAUUCACGUAACUCCUCGCAAGACUCUGAGUGUCCCAAGUGUAACUGGCACUACAAGUACCAGCAGACGCUGGACGCCCACAUGAAGGAGAAACAUCCAGAGUCUGGUGGAUCAUGUGCAUACUGCCGCACUGGACAGCCUCACCCUCGUUUAGCCAGAGGCGAAAGCUAUACCUGUGGAUACAAGCCUUUCCGCUGUGAGGUAUGCAACUACUCAACCACCACCAAAGGCAACCUAAGCAUCCACAUGCAGUCGGACAAGCAUUUGAACAACGUACAAACGCUCCAGAACGGUGGCACUGAGGUACAAUACAACCACAACCAUAACCAUGCCAAUCCUGUGCCCAGUGCCAGCCUUGGUGGAGGCUGCGGUGCACCCUCGCCAUCGAAGCCCAAACAGAAGCCCACUUGGCGUUGUGAGGUGUGUGACUAUGAGACCAAUGUUGCACGGAACUUGCGAAUCCAUAUGACUAGCGAGAAACACAUGCACAACAUGAUGCUGCUGCAGCAGAACAUGAAGCAGAUCCAACACAGCCUCCAUAUGGGCCUGGCCCCGGCUGAGGCAGAGCUCUACCAGUACUACCUGGCUCAAAACAUGGGCCUGGCAGGUGUAAAGCUGGAGAGCCAAGCAGGCAGCAGUGGCCCAGAUGCUCAGAUGAUGAUUAACCCGUACCAGCUAGAUCCUGCAACCGCAGCGGCUCUUGGAUCUGGUCUAGUGAGUAGUGACCUCUCAGCUGAGUUGCGUCUUGCCAGUGGUCAACUGAUGGCAGACGACCUAUCCCUGGUGUCCUCUGGUGGAAUGGGGGGUAUGUCCUCAUCCGACCCCUCCCUCUCCUCCUUGUCUCCACCUAUCAACGACCCCUCACUGCGCCUCUACCAGUGUGCCGUGUGCAACUGCUACUCCACGGACAGCCUGGAGGUUCUCAACGCCCACGUCAAUGCCGAGCGUUCUCUGCCCGAAGAGGAGUGGCGCUGCGUGGUUGGCGACGUCUACCAGUGCAAGCUCUGCAGCUACAACACCCAGCUUAAGGCCAACUUUCAGCUGCACUGCAAGACCGACAAGCACAUGCAGAAGCACCAGCUGGUGGCUCACAUCAAGGAGGGAGGCAAAGCCAACCAGUGGAGAUUAAAGUGUGUGGCCAUUGGCAACCCCGUGCACCUCAAGUGCAAUGCCUGUGACUACUACAGCAACAGCGUGGAUAAACUGAGACUACAUGCCACCAACCAGAGGCAUGAGGCUGCCAUCCGCCUCUAUAAGCACUUGCAGAAGCAGGACAGUGCGUACAGCCUGGAGUUGUGUGUCUACUACUGCACGCUGUGCGACUACUCCACCAAGGCCCGCCUCAACCUGGUGCAGCACAGCCGCUCGGCUCGCCACCAACAGAACGAAGGACUGAGGAAACUCCAGCUGCACCAGCAAGGCCUCGGAGGGGACGAGGAGGGACUGAGCUUCAACGAGUUGUUCCACGUCAAGGAGUGCCGCUCCGGCCAAGAAGAGAAUGCUGAGGAUGGUGAGAGACCUCCUCGCUCUUCCUCCAGGCCUGGACACAACCUCACUGACCGAGACUUGACUGACAGCAGGAGAACUGACCGAGUGAAUGCCACAUCCAAAGAGGUUACCGGACCGAAUUCUAUGGCUAAGCAUUCCCUCUUGCCAGAUCGACAAAUUGAAAGUCCGCCCAAAAGGCCAAAGUCUGCUGAGGGGAAGACCUCUGCCAGUGAGCAGGUUCAGCAGUGUCCAUAUUGCAACUACAGCAGUAAAGAUGCCAACCGCAUGCAGCUCCAUGUGAUGUCCCAGCAUUCCAUGCAGCCAGUGAUUCGCUGCCCACUGUGCCAGGAUGUCCUGAGCAACAAGAUUCACCUGCAGCUGCAUCUCACCCACCUUCACAGUGUGGCUCCUGACUGCGUGGAAAAGCUGAUAAUGACUGUUGUUGGACCUGACACGUCAACACCAAAUAAUAUAAUGCAUCCCCAAACUGGACAAGACAAAGUUCUGUCUUUAAUGGAUUCCUCUACCUCUCUUACUGACGGGUCAGGAAAAUCUCAAGGAAACAUCUCAAAGGAUGAGCUAACCAGUCAAGACAAGAAUGAAUUUGACCUGCAGGGGGAGGAACUCAAGCCCCCAAAGGAGGCUGCAGAGGGCCCAGGCUGGAAGAGAGCCAGUGGAUUAGGACAUGAUAGCAAGUCUCCUGAUACCCUACAGGACCAUCUCAGUGAGCUCCAAAGGCUCCAGCAGCAACAACAACAGCUCUCAGUAUCUGAUCGUCAUGUCUACAAAUAUCGUUGCAACCAUUGCAGCCUGGCCUUCAAGACAAUGCAGAAGCUUCAGAUACAUUCCCAGUACCAUGCCAUCAGAGCAGCCACUAUGUGCAGCCUUUGCCAGCGCAGCUUCAGGACAUUCCUGGCCCUCAGGAAGCAUUUGGAAAAUGGACACCCUGAACUUAGUGAAGCUGAGGUGCAGCAACUUAUAGGAAAUCUGCCACUGAAUGGCGAUAUCACUGAGAGUGAGGCCAGGGCCUUAGAGGAAGCUCAGGCCUUCGAACAUGACUUGGACAAAGAUGAGGAAAUGGACCAGGAUGAGAAGCCCAGUCCUACCGGAAGUGACAGUAGCUCUCUGCUAGAUGACAUGGGAGCAGAACCAAAGCGGACCCUACCAUUCAGAAAAGGGCCCAACUUUACAAUGGAGAAAUUUUUGGAUCCUUCUCGGCCUUACAAGUGCACAGUAUGUAAGGAGUCCUUCACUCAGAAGAAUAUCCUACUAGUCCACUAUAAUUCAGUUUCCCACCUGCAUAAAUUGAAGAAGGUUCUCCAAGAGGCAUCAAGCCCAGUUCCACAAGAGACAAGCAACAGCAUUGAUAACAAACCAUUCAAAUGCAAUACUUGCAAUGUUGCCUAUAGCCAAAGCUCAACACUUGAAAUUCAUAUGAGGUCAGUGCUACACCAGACCAAAGCCAGAACAGCCAAAACUGAAAUGAGCAGCAGCAGUAUCACUAGCAGCAGUGGUCCAGUGCCUGCAAAAAGCCCAGCCCCAAGCACACAAGGGAACAGCAGCAACUCAGACACUGCUAGAAGUGGAACACCCUCUGCUAACAAAGAAAACAUUGUGGAACCCAAAGAAGCUAACAGCAGCAACAACACAAAACCAACAACAACUACUGACCAGGCUUCAGCACAAGCAAGCAGCCACCAGUCAGCGCAGUCCUCAGCCCAACUGCAACUGCAGCUUCAACAUGAACUCCAGCAACAGGCUGCCUUCUUCCAGCCUCAGUUUCUUAAUCCAGCUUUCUUCCCCCAUUUCGGCAUGACACCAGAAGCACUGCUGCAAUUUCAACAGCCACAGUUCCUUUUCCCCUUCUACAUCCCAGGAGCUGAGUUCAAUCUUAGUCCAGAACUUGCGCUGCACUCAGCAGCAGCUUUUGGAAUGCCGGGCCUUACUGGAUCAUUCCUAGAGGACUUGAAGCAGCAGAUGCAACAGCAACACCAGUUGCAACAGGCUCAGGCCCAGCAACAGGCUCAGCAGCAACAACAGCAGCAGCAACAAGCCUCUCAGACACAGUUUCAAAUUCAGCAACAGAAACACCAGCAAUUGCAGAACCACAAAUCCAAAAUGGAGUCCAGCAAUGUGUCUGAAAUUCAGAUGACAAGAGAGGCAGAGGACCAACUAGAAAGACAAGAAAACAGAGCAAAGAUGGAAAAUGCAGGUGAGGCAUUCAGUGAUGGAGGAAAAGACAACAAAGACCCGAGAAAAUCAAAGUUCUCAGAGCCAUUGAUUCCUCCUCCACGUAUUGUGUCAGGAGCAAGGGGCAAUGCAGCCAAAGCAUUACUCGAGAACUUUGGAUUUGAACUUGUCAUUCAAUACAAUGAAAACAGACAAAAAAACCAAAAGAAAAACAAAGACGGAGUUGAACAAGUGGAAAUGAACACUGAUAAGCUUGAGUGUGGGAUGUGUGGUAAACUCUUCUCCAAUAUGCUUAUUCUCAAAAGCCACCAGGAACAUGUGCACAGUCACUUUUUCCCAUAUGUGGAGCUGGAAAAGUUUGCCCAACAGUACAGAGAGGCCUAUGACAAACUCUAUCCAAUGAACCCUUCUUCACCUGAAACUCCACCACCACCGCCACCACCACCUCCCCCUCCACCUCCUACUCCAUCUCCAGUGACAGCUACUCAGCCUCCUUCUACAUCAAUGACCAAGCCCCAAACUUCAGUACCCUCACCAGUUGCUGUCCCCAAUAUGGCCCCACACCAACCAUCUCACCAGACACCACCACCCCAGACACCACCACCCCAGACACCACCUACUGCCCCUGCUGCACCUCCCCAAGUGCAACUCCCUAUUCCCAUGGAUUUGCCCAUGUUUCCACCUCUAAUGAUGCAGUCUCUCCAGCACCCAGGCCUUCCCCAUCAACUUACCCUACAGCUGCCUACUAUGGACUCUCUUUCCACAGACCUUACACAGCUCUGCCAGCAACAAUUGGGUCUUGAUCCAAACUUCCUCCGCCAAUCCCAGUUUAAGCGACCACGCACCCGUAUCACAGAUGACCAGCUUAAGAUCCUCCGUGCCAACUUUGAUAUCAAUAAUUCCCCGAAUGAAGAGCAAAUUCAGGAGAUGUCAGAGAAGUCUUGCUUGCCCCAAAAAGUAAUAAAGCACUGGUUCCGUAAUACUCUCUUCAAAGAAAGACAGCGGAGUAAAGACUCUCCCUACAAUUUUAGUAUUCCUCCAAUUACUACAUUGGAAGAUAUUCGAAUUGAACCCCAGCUCAGUGCACAUGAAUACUACAGAACUGACUCCACCUUCAACAAGAGGUCUUCCAGGACCAGAUUCACUGAUUACCAGUUGAGGGUACUUCAAGAUUUCUUUGACACUAAUGCCUAUCCAAAGGAUGAUGAGAUUGAGCAACUUUCCACUGUGCUCAAUCUACCUUCCCGGGUCAUUGUGGUGUGGUUCCAGAAUGCCCGGCAGAAAGCUCGCAAGACCUAUGAAAACCAGGCUGAUUCUAAAGAUAAUGAGAAAAAAGAGCUGACCAAUGAACGAUACAUCAGAACAAGCAACAUGCAGUACCAGUGUAAAAAGUGCAACAUUGUGUUCCCGCGCAUUUUUGACCUUAUCACUCACCAGAAAAAACUGUGUUAUAAGGAUGAAGAUGAGGACGGUAGUGAGGAAACCUAUGAGGAAUACAUAGAUUGUGGAGAGCAAGGUCCAGUUAGGAUUACCCAAGUACCUUUUGAGCAACGCAAACAGUCCCAUAUAACUGCCAGCAGUUCUGGCUCAAGCUCCCCUGUGAUGGCCUCUCCUCGUCCCAGCAUGGGGAAAACUUCCCCCAAACCCGAUGUCUCCCCUGAAACUGAACCUAAACAAACUGAAGCUGCAUCCUCGCCUGUGAUAAAGUCACUACCAGAACCAAGACCAUCAAAGGCUAGCACACCUCAGCCACCUCCUCAGAAAGCUCCUCAGCCACAAAUGUCAAGACCCCAUUCCCAGCCACAAGCUGCUGCAGUGCCCUCAAGUCCACUCUCCCUGGCCCUUUCCUCACUCACAAACAGUCUCCCUCAACAGAUGCUUCAGUACCAGUGUGACCAGUGUAAAAUUGCAUUCCCCUCUGUUGAGCUAUGGCAGGAGCAUCAGCACAUGCAUUUCUUGGCUGCCCAAAACCAAUUCCUUCACUCUCAGUUUCUCGAAAGACCCAUUGAUAUGCCCUAUAUGAUAUUUGACCCAAAUAACCCCCUCAUGGCUAGUCAGCUGUUAUCUGGAGGCCUCUCCCAAAUCCCCUCUCAGGGUAGCUCUGGUUUGACCUCUGCUGCAGGCUCUGGCGCAAUGAAGAGAAAACUGGAUGACAAGGAUGAAAGUGCUAAUGAUAAAGAUGGUGGAAACAGUAGUGAAGAGCAGCACAGAGAUAAACGUUUGAGAACCACCAUCACACCAGAACAACUGGAGAUUCUCUAUGACAAAUACCUACUUGACUCUAACCCAACAAGGAAGAUGUUGGACCACAUUGCACGAGAGGUUGGCUUGAAAAAGAGAGUCGUGCAAGUUUGGUUCCAAAACACCCGUGCAAGAGAGAGAAAGGGGCAGUUUAGGGCUCUAGGGCCCUCCCAGUCCCACAAGAAAUGUCCAUUUUGCAGAGCACUGUUCAAGGCUAAAUCUGCUCUAGAUAGCCACAUACGAUCUAGACACUGGCAUGAUGCUAAGCAGGCAGGCUUUAGCUUGCCACCAAGCCCAAUGAUGAAUCAAGACAAUGAAAGAGGUGAAAGCCCAAAUAAGUAUAAUUUCUUUGACUACCCACAGCUGCCUACCAAGACUGAGCCAAAUGAGUAUGAACUGCCUACUGCAUCCUCAACUCCAGUCAAACCAUCUGAGGUACAACUAAAAAACUUCUUAAGCCCUUCAUCCUUAAAAGCUGAAAUUUGUGAUGAAACUGAAGGGCCCAAUGUUAAUUCAGCCGAAGUCUCAUCUUAUGAUUGCAGUAGGAUGGACUUUGAUGAGACAUCUUCUAUUAAUACAGCCAUUAGUGAUGCUACAACUGGAGAUGAGGGUAAUAACAAUGAGGUUGAGAGCCUCACCACCAAUGGAGAGGACAAGUUGAGUGACAAGAGUGGCCUGGCACCAAAUUCUGAUGGCGGAAAUGAAAGGUUCCAAUACAGCAUGGUGAGCCCUGCCCUCAGCUUCUCUGGAAAGGACUAUGACUCAUACUUUAGCUCUAGAGAUGAUGAUAUGGAUGACUUUUAUGACAUGAGUGAAUCAUCAAGCUUAGCUGAUCCCAGUUCCCCAAGUCCCUUUGGGGCAGGUAACCCUUUCAACAAGUCCGGGAAAGGCAGCAAUUCCGGGGAUAGGCCAGGCCACAAACGAUUCAGGACCCAGAUGAGUAACCUGCAACUUAAAGUUCUCAAAGCCUGUUUUAGUGACUACCGUACUCCUACAAUGCAAGAGUGUGAGAUGCUAGGCAAUGAGAUUGGACUCCCCAAGCGUGUUGUCCAGGUGUGGUUCCAGAAUGCCCGUGCUAAAGAAAAGAAAUUCAAGAUUACCAUUGGAAGGCCAUUCAUGAUAAGCCACGGCUCACCAGAUGGGCCCAGGCCUCAGUGUACUUUGUGUGGUGUAAAGUACACUGCCCGGAUGUCCGUCCGAGACCACAUCUUCUCCAAACAGCACAUUGCCAAAGUGCAAGAAACCCUGGGAAACCAGGUAGAUAGAGAAAAGGACUACCUAGCACCAACCACUGUCCGUCAACUGAUGGCGCAGCAAGAGCUGGACCGAAUGAAGAAAGUUGGUGAGGGACUCAGUCUGCCUGGUCAGCAGCAACAGACUGCAGUGGACAACAAUAAUGC